ACGAAAAUCCAAUCAGAUUCUGUGACACCAUUGAAAAUCAGAAUUAGUUUGAAAUUCUGACAGCUAAGCAAUUCUGUCUUGGAUUCCACAAAACCCCUGAGCAGAAUCAAUACCAAUUGUUGAACUCUCCAGAAAUGCCCAGGAAUCCUCCAAGAACGCAUUUCUUAUAUUCAAGAGCCCUUUCGACAUUAAAUAUCAGUGCAUGGAAGGCAGUCUAUACUGAUCUGUCCUUCGUAUAUGGGUGCAGCGCCUUGAAUGCUGCUUCUAAGAGGCAGCGUUCCUAAUGUGCGCCUCCAAGGUUUUCUCUAACGUUUUUAGCAGGAAGGAAGUUAAGCUUACAGGCAUAAACACUAUUUAGUAGGUUGACUAGGUAUGAAAACUAUCCAAGCCUUCUCCAUGAGUGUGGCACAUAGCUGAACUUCAAGCAUCCCCUAAAAAUCGCCUUUACCAUGGCACCGAUGGACAUAGUAUAUUCUGAAACCUGGCUGGAAUGAUUCCGUCCGUACCAAGAGAUUUUUAUGUACUUCUCCCUUUGUAGCUAGGGCUUAUCGCAUACUUACACCCUGGAAACUGCACACUAGGUCUUUUCUACUGAGUCUUGGCAGUUUUUCGCUCACUCUCCGCCACUUUUGCGAAUUAGACCAGGAAAGGUGGGGCUUUGGGAUAUUAAUUUUUCUAAGUUUCGCCAACUUCUCGGUCUUUUCAAUUUCACUGCAAAAAUUUUCUUAAGAUUUUCGCUUUAUUCUGCGACCAAAUUCUUCCAGUCCCUUAUAUAGUCCUCGCUUUCUGCUAGCUUGGCGCAGUUAUAGCAUUACCGUACUUUGCGUCUGCAAGACCCAAGCUCCUUGUUCCACUAAGAGGGCUUCGUUUUGUGAUUGAAUCGCAGUGUAGGCAUGCGUAGUGAAAAGAUGUAUUUAGGACAUUCGUAAAUACAUUCACGUAUUUUUCAAGUGAGGUCUAAGUCUCUUGCCAAAUAGUGUCUGCCUGUAGAGAUUCCUGUUUGUAUUCCUGGAAUUUCUCCUAACCUCGUUUUUGAUCUUUGUCUCCGAUCAAAUGGAGAAGUAGAUUUAUCUACGGCUAGAGAAUGACGGUGUGUUUAGCAUCCUCCAGUUUCCUACCAAUGCUACUUAGUUAGCAUCGGCGCCCACCACCAUCGUCUGCUUCCUCUGUCCGAUGUAGUCCCCAGCCUUUGGAGCUCGCCUUCCACCGCCGUUUGGACCGAUAUCACGGGUACCUAAUAAGCAUUGGCCGUUGUAUUUCCCAUUGACAUACUUCUGAGGAUGCAUAUAAGGCAGUCCAACAUAAGGGGAUGAAUGGGAAAAUACGUCAGCCUUCGCAAGGAGCCGCCUGUCUGCAAUGUAAUGACUCUGACAGGAUCCAGCUUGAUAUCAUGACAUUGUAAGCAGUCACACUCAUUGCCUAGUCGAUAUCUGCGCGGUGAAUACAGCUUUGAGGAAUUUUUGCCGACCCAACUUUACUUCUUUUUGUGUAUGGUAUGUGAGGUAUCUUAAUGAAAUUCAAAGAGUAUACGUUUCUGUGAAUAAUAUGCAGUAAUCCUAAAAAUAGAUAACACCGGGUCACUACUAUAAUCCAUACCCACAUCCCGUAUACAAAGGAUGUUCAAACUUUUGGUUGGCCUUAUGCCGUAUAUGUCUGUAUAUCGGUCAAUAAAUAAGAUAUCUGGGCAAAACUAACUGAACUUUUAAUAUUGGAUAUACUUUAGUUUAAUGCCGAAAUAUCUCAGUGAUUGAUCAACUAAUACAAAAUCGGGAAUGAAAACUUAAUUAUUGUACCUAAAUAUCGCUAUUUUCAUGUGCAGUUUUUCUAACCAGAUUAAAAGUGUUACAUUAUUCAUAUUGAAAAUUCAUAGGAUUUCAUGGAACAUUUAUAUUUCUUGAAUAAUAAAGACCUAUAGCGUUUUGUCCCAGUAAUUGAUCAUACUGUCAGUGACGUAGCUAGGUAAUAGGGCCCUGGGGCAAAUUAAAAAAUGGGGCUCCACUGCUAUGUAAACUGAUUAGAUUUUUUCAAAAAAAAAAUAUAAAAUAUACAAAUAUUUAAAAAAUGCUAAGCUACUUAAGCUCUUUUUUGUGCACAGCACAACAUAAAUUACAAAUAAGACUUGGCGUAGGUUUGGCUGAUAAAACGAGAACAUUCAAGGGUUUAUUAUAUUGGUAGUCUUUUCGUAUUUUGUCAAUAUAUGUCGUUGCGGACGUAUGUAUAUCUCCAGUGCUAGCAAUCACAUUGUGUCAUACUAUAUAAUGUUAGAAAGAUGACAUUUUUAGCUUCAUUUAACCAAAAAUUAAAUUCGGGGAAGUUGAAAAAAAGCUACAGCUGUACAAAAAUGACUGAAAAUUGUGAAGAAAUUCGCUAUAUUUUGAAAUUUUUCUGUACAAAAGGGAAGAAUGCCACGCAAACUACCAAUGAAAUUUGUGAAGUUUACGGUUCGCUCGCUUCCGUUCUGGAAAUUUCGAUUUACACUGACGGAAUAAUGUAGGGAAAAUGGCAAAAAGUGGUCCACCAAAAUGGUGCAUGUAAGUAUGUUUAUUUAGUAUAAAUAUAAAAAUACGAAAAGAUUUUUCCAAUGUAAAGGUCGAGUCUACCGACUGACUUAAUAACAAUUAUAUUUACAAUUUUUUCCUACCUUUAGUUUUCCAGGAACAAUGAGUUUAGUUCGAUCGAGAUUUUUGGUAGGGAUUCGAGGGUCCGCGACUGCAUACCAUGUCUUAUUAAUUGAUCCGCAUGCAUAACUAGUAUAAUCAGUAACAAUAUCAUUAUUGCAGUUAGUUGCAACAAGUUUGGAGGAAUUCUGGGUAUUCAGUAAUGUAGUUUAUGAGAAGCGACGCUUGGAACUUUGAUGAACUAAUGUAUACAUGGCUGACUUCAUAAACGCAGUUUGCAAUGCAACAUUGAAAUGCCUAGUGUUCAUAAACGUCAUUAGCAUAUUUUUGGCAUUGCCGUGUGUUCACUAUCGCCUGGCAACCCUUUCUGAUGCGCAACAGUUGUCAAAUUUGUGCAUCUGUUUUAUUUUGGAUGCUUUUUGGAUUUUUGCGGUAAUUGAAAUGGCUGAGACAUCUGAAAAGAAGUGGAGCCAUGAAAGGAAAAAGCUCCUUUUGGAAGUGCGUCUACGCCAUGAACCGGAUUUUUGUGCCAAAAAAAAGAAAAGGAGUGCUAUUUGGGAGCAAAUAAUACGGGAGAUUGAGAGAUGUUUUAUAAAUCUAAUGGGCACAUACAAAAGAAUUAAGAAACGCAAUAACACAUCUGGCGAGAGUUCCACGAACUGGGAGUUUUUCGAUGUCAUGGAUGAGGUGUUUGGCAGCCGUAGUAGCGUUCAGGUGCCCAGUGAAAUGCUUGAAUAUUCUCUACAAUCCUUGGUGGAAGAUUUGACAAGCGAUAGCCCGUUGACACCCACCGAUUCCCACGCGCCAAUGAACUUAGAUGCUACACCUUCAGGAAACACUACUCAAAGGUUUGCUAUAAAACGAAAACGAUGCGAAGUUCUGGAGUUUUUAAGUAAAGAGUCUGAGGCAGAUGCCAAAGUGAUGAAAAAACUCUUGGACAUCGAAGCAGAAAAAAUUGCGGUGGAGAAGGAGGAAGUAGCUGAGCUGAAGGAAAUCCGUGCCUUAUUUCAGAGAAUUGUAGACAGGUCUCAAUAAGUUUUCCAUUUCUUGUUCACCUUAACAGAUUAAAAUCUUUUUAGAUAAAUACAAACAAAAUAGAAUACAAACAAAAUACAUAUGUAUUUAUUGUUGUAAUUGAUCUCAUGAAAAAGCGAUAUAAUAAAAAAGUAUUAUUUAUAAAAAGUA